AUGUCCUACGAUCUUCCCACCAAAGCAGCAUUUUUUUCGGAUGAGUUACGAGCUGUGCUCGAUUUCUUCGGUGUUCGACUUGAUGUAGCAUAUGCUGGGAAUAGGUUUUUUGAAGUGACAUUGCAGUUCAGGUGCGGUACCGUCCAUAAACUUUACCUGGAUUUCGCUUCUUUACUGGUACGACGUUCUAUGCUCAACGUCUUAUCUUCAGUAAUGAAUCCUGCACUUUAUCAAGCAUUUUCAUCGCGUUUGAAUCACCGUUUCAUCUCUAGUUCGUACGGAAGCAGAUUGGGGAACGAAAGGAUUGGAAUUGUGAUGCUUUCUCAUAUUUCUUCGUAUGGAGAUGAUAGAUUUCCCAGAGGAGCUGCUAAGGGAGUAAAUCGAAGUAGAGUGAUUCCUCUUCCAUACACAGCAAAUCAUGGCUCCGAUGUGAAUCCUCCGAAACGUAGACGAACUACAGUUGCCUCAUUAUUGGGAGAAGCCGAAUACUUCGUUUGCAAGCAAUGUUUCAAGUCAUUUAAUCGUCGCUCAAAUAUGACUCGUCAUAUGGACAGAAUUCACUGUGAACGCGUCGUUUUCAACUGUCCUUACUGUCCUGCUGUAUAUAAACACGCUUUCCAUUUUGCUGAUCAUCUCCGCAGUCAUGAAGAUGACCCCCAAUUUGCAUGCGAAAGCUGCGAGAAGAAGUUCACGUCGCGUAAUCAACUCCGAGCUCACAAGAGAAGAAAUUGCUUAGAGCCUCCAUCUAAAAAGCAUCCUUGUGUUUCCCGUAGACGAGCACAGUAUGACCCGCAACCUGAUGCAUGUUCGUCAGAUGCUGGAUGGAAAAUGGACUCAGUUCAGCAAUUCUCUCGAAGCGACUUUAACAAUACUUUCGCCCAUGUUUUGUCGUCUGGAAACAACUCGCUGAUGGGGAUGUCGUUGACCGGUGCACUACCGUUGGAAACCUUCCCUUCUAUCAGCAACGGAUGUCCCGUAGAAUGUCUGACUACCUUGACUGCUUAUAAGGAUAACAAACUAAACACUGUUGUGAUGCUUCGCCCUGCUGAUGUGAAUGUUUUCACCGGAUAUACAUCGAUGAAUGUUGAUAGUCUGGUCUGUGCAACUUCUGCAGGAAACUGUGGAGCCAUUGUGCCUCUCUUCUUGCACUAUUCUGGAAUUAAUCAGGAUUACUAUAUUGGUUGGCAGCCGGAGGCUCAGUCACCGUAUUCUGUGCAAUACUCAGGAAAUCCUCUUUGCUACCUAUGGCUUAAUAGCAGCUAUGUAACUGCAUUGAACACUACUAUCUCUUCUAUUAUACUCAACAGCACCACUGCAAACUUUAAUGCUUCCGUUUCCACAACACCAAACCCUUCUAGUCAGAAUUUGACAACAACGGGUUUUUCUCCUGCAACAACAUCACAACCGAUUACUGUAAAUACUACAACUACUUUAUUAAACGGAAGUACUACUACUUCAUCUAAUUCAACUAUCGGGACAACCUCGGCAUAUGUUACAACUACUUCGCCUUUUGUGGCGUCCAAUGAUACCAUUCCAUCUACGCCAACUUACGACCACCACGGAGAAAAGAAGAAAAGGUCUACCUCGAAUUUCUGGCCUCUUGUCCUCGCAGGAGUGGUUGGUCUGGGAGUGCUGGUGAUCACAAUACUGGCCUUAUCCACGCUAAGCAUCAUCAGAUCUGGCAGACGUGCGAUUCGUCCUCAGAAAACCUCAAAUAGCCCACCUCCACCGUACCCGUAUACACAGGAUACAUCCAGCGAUCUGCCACCUGCCCCUGUUUCUUCUAUGCCUGCUCCACAGCCACUUUCCGUGAACGCAGCGGCAGACUUACCGUUAGCACCAUCAGGGUACACAUAA